UAUACACCAUCCACAUAAUUUUAUACAAAACCUCUAUGGAGGUAUGGCACCGACCUCGUAGCUGGAUGCUCAAUUCAGCUAUCCAGGCACUCACCUCUGGGUGUGAAGAGUGAUCACCUGGGGUGUUAUAACCAUCACAAACACAUUCUAAGUGUUAAGUGCCCAGAUUUCGUUCCUGUGACCCUGGGAUGCUACAGAGGUCAUAAGUGCAAGGACCAGUUGUAAGUCACUUUUUUAUAGCCUUGUAACUUCAAAUAGUCGCUCAACAAAUGGUUAUAAAUUGAGGACUAUCUAUAUAGAAAGGUAACUUUUUUCCCCCAAUUCAAUUUCUCUUUAUCCAUGGUGAAUCAAAAGAGGAGCCCAUACUAUUUUUAUUUGCCAUGCAAAUGACUGAAAACUAAAGUAUGAAAUUUUUGUGGUAAAAAAGACAGUACGGUGCAAGCACUCAAGCGUGGAUUCAUCCAAUGAUGACUUUCUGGAAUGAAGAUCUUCUAAACAGGAGCAGGAAAGCUUACAAUAGAAGUGCUGUUCGUGUGCCUGGUGGCUAACAACAGGUAAAAAGAAACUCCAGAAAUGUCCCAAAUUGCUGCCAAACCAAUAGGAGCUCCUUUCUCUCAGAUCAGGCCACAUUUGCAGCAGGAGCAGAGACUGAAAACAAGGGAUUAUUUUAAAUCUGAAGCCUCAGGAAGACAAAGAGAACGAAUCCUGUUGCCUUGGGCUCCUCUACCAAAUAAUAAUUCAGUUUCGUAAGAUUAAGCCAGUUUCACCUUUCCAGAUGCUGGUUUUUGUGUUUCUUUCUCUUCUUUGUGCUGGAGUGUCAGGUAAGACACCUUCAGACCAGAGAAAGUUAUCUUCCUAUUCUGGGGAAUAUGGUGGUAAUGAUGGGAACUAUUUUGAGCAGUCCAGCAACCAGUUUGAAGGCCCUAUAUCAGGGAUGAAAAUAAGGUCGAAUGACAGAAAUAUACUAAGCAUCCAAGUUCGCUAUGGUGACAAAUGGUCCAAUAAUGAAGGCAGCACAGCGGGCCGCCCUUCGGACAUGCACCUGUCCUUUGGAGAGGGACUGGUGCAGGUGAAUGGCCGUUUUGGAAGCUCCGUGGAAUACCUGGCCUUCCGCACCAACAUGGGCCAUGUCUUUGCCUUUGGGCCGAAUUCCGGUUUGGGGGUGCCUUUCACCGCAGAGCCCUCGCACCCCAACACGGUUCUGAGGUUCAUCAGUGGGAGGUCAGGAUCGAUGGUCAAUGCCCUCGGUUUCCACUGGGAUGAAGAUCAAUGGAUGAAAGGGUGGAAUGAAUCCAUCCACUCUGCAGAUCCACCACCAGUGACCCACAUAUAG